CCCCGGGCGUCCAAAGGAGAGGCGCAUCUGAGCUCAGAGGUUUGGAGACGUGCGCUCCGGGCAGUGCAGCAUGGCCCGUCUGUCAAUGCGUCCCACAAGCCUUCGUGAUCCUGGCCUGGGCUCCUAUUCUGCUGGAUGCGGAGAGUCAGCCUCGCCUGGUUUUGCUUUGUUGCUUGUUUUGGCGCUCCUUGUGAGGGGAGGCGCCCCGUAUGAUCUUAUACCCCCAGUGAAUGCCUGGCUGACUUUGGCGCAGAGUGCCAUAAAUACAACGGCCUUCUGCCUGCCCCAUGUUCCUGCAGUGGGAGCCCUUAUGGAAACCUGCUUUGUGGGUGUGUGUACUGAAUUGGAGGUGCUGCAGCAGCACACUUGGUUGUUUCGUAUCCCCAGGGAUAUACCUUAUGCAGAGUUGUAUGCUUUGGGCCCUGGAGCCACUUUAGAUAAGUUAGAUGCCAGCAUGUAUUCGUUUCGUUUGGCUAAUGUGACAGCUGCUAUUACGUGUAUGAAUUUUGUUAAUGCUAAGCAUGUAGCUGUUAAUCAUGAUAAUAUGGAGCUUGUUUGUCGCCAUAAGAGGGAUGUAUCCUUUGCCUAUGGACAUAUGAAGCUCCCCCUGGGAUGGUUUUUGUUAUGCGGCCGCACAGCCUUUACUUAUGUUCCAGCUAAUAGUUCAGGUGGCCCCUGUGCUAUUGGCCGUGUGGCCCCUUUGUUGUUUCCCCAUCCCAUAGUGAAAGGGCCUCGCCAACGGCGGGAGAGUAUCCCCUUGAGCCCUACCUGUAAGGCAGAUGUUACAUUGUUUUCAGAACGAGAGGCAGCAGCCCUUACUUUCACCCUGGUGGGCCUCCCUGGUUUGGUGGUGCAUAAUUACCAUGCCGUUGCACACCUUGCCUGUACUGUGGCGAAGGCCUUGAAUUUGACCUCCACUGUUCUUGCCUUGUUAACCCAGGAGAUGGGAGAAGUUCGCCGAGGAGUGUUGCAAAACCGCUUAGCCAUUGAUUAUUUAUUGCUGCGACACGGUCAUCCCUGUUCUGAUUUUGUGGGUAUGUGCUGCUUCAAUAUUACAGAUGCAAGCGCGGCCAUCGAAGCAGAUCUGGAUCGUUUGCGCCAUCUAGCGGAGGGCAUCCGCCAGCACCAGGGAGAUUUCUGGUUGUGGUCAUGGCUGUCGUCGCUACGUGGCUGGGCUGCACAUUUGUUACAGGGGUUAAUGUUAGGCAUGCUUUGUAUUUUUGUUGCCUGCCUUUUAUAUUUUUGUUAUGGGUGUGCCCGCCGCUGUUGCUGUGUGGCACGCACCUUGGCAGGACCCUCCUGGCCCCUUGGGCCACUUGCAUUACCUGGAGGGAGAAUGUGAUAGGUGAGAGCAGGGCACUGCGGAAGACUUUGUUACGGUUUAGUUAGACAGCUGGUGUUUUUAAUUUGCCCUUUGCUUUGGCUUGUGUAGCUUGUAGUUUGAUAUUAUGAGCUGGAUUUGUUUUGCUAAUUUUUUUUUGUUUUGAUUUUGAGUUAAGGGGGGAGGUGUUGGAAUAUGUUUUGCUAGCUUGGCAGUUGGUAGUGUGGGAAGCUAAGAUGUUUAGGUUUUUAGGAGGUAGUGU